AUGGUUUCCGGCAUUGAGAAGCUAGCGGAGAAGAUGAAGUUGACGUCGAAGGAGCAUUCUGACGAUGAUCGUGGAGGUCAAUCCGUGGAGCACUACGGAGAAGGUGGCAGUCAAGAGCACCACGGCAGCCGUCAUGAGCACCAUGGAGGAGGGAGCAGUCAUGAACAGCAUUACGGAGAAGGCGGCCGUCAUGAGCACCGGAAAGGAGGCAGCAGCCACGAAGGCAAGAACAGAGUGGCAGCUUGCCCGGUGCUUAUUGAGCGAUCCGGUGCCACUCAGACAAGCAGAUUUGACGGCAAACCUUUUCGAGUCACUAUCGUCGCGAGCCACUGGUACGAGAAGGUGGUUCACUCGCUCGUGGAUGCGUGCUCGAAAGAGCUAUUGGACAAGGGCGUAACGGAGGACAACUUGCAGGUCGUUGAGGUGGCGGGCGCUUUCGAAUUGCCGUUCACGGCUGCUCGUCUGAUUGCGUCCAAGAACACGGGCCACCGCCCCGACGCUGUCGUCUGCAUUGGUUGUUUCGUCGAGGAUACCACGCGUACGUGCGAGACCAUGAGACAAGCUGUGGCACAUGGAAUAAUGGAGCUGAACGUCACGUCAGGUGUACCCGUCAUUUUCGGUGUGCUCUGCUGUGACAACGCGUCGCAAGCCCACUCUUUCGCGGAAAAGCGAUCGUGUUAUGGCAUUGAUGACAACGAGAGAUGCAACUUUGGCGUUUCGUGGGCACAGUCGGCGUUGCAAAUGGCACAUUUGAAUCGCUGUACUUCUGCGAAAGAGAUGGAGCACUGCAGCUGCUUUCGAAGUGAGGGCCGCAGCAGCGGAGACAACGACGAGCACAAACACAAGGGUCAGAAGCAUGAGCCUGAGAAGAAGGAAAAGUGCACGUCUUGCGGUAUGUCGGAGCAAAAGUGUUCCUGUACGGAAUGCGUGUGCAAGGAGUGCUGCGAUCAUGGUGGGGCCUGCACGAGCUGCAAGUCGUCGGCGGACAAGUGCACGUGCAAGGACUGCAAAUGCCGUUCGUGCUGCAUCAGACGCGAUGCGUGUCGCAGAUGCGGAUGUCCGCCGGGAAGCUGUUGCUGCCAAGGCUGUGACUGUGCUGUUUGCAGCGGCACAGAGGCGGGAGAUGAGAAGACGAAGACAAGUGGGCAGUCUGCUGAGCACGCGACAACGAAAGCAUCGGCGAGUGGGCAUUCCAAGGCGGAACGUUCGUCCGGCGACGACGCCGGCGUGCAUGUCAGCUCUACCAAGUGCGACCGCUGUGGCAACCCGAGCGGCGCAUGCAAGUGUGGCUUGUUGCACUAA